AUGCAACCGCUAAUCGCUGUACCGGUCACGCUGGCCCUCGUUGCUUAUGCGCACCUCAAGAAGAAGCUCACUCCCUCAGGCAUCGCGGCUGCCGUCUUCACCGCUGCCGUUCAUGCCUAUCACCCUUGGAACCUUCCCUUUGUUCUGCUUGUCGUCUUCUUCCUCAUUGGCACGCGUGUUACCAAGAUCAAGCAAGACUACAAGGCCACUCUCACCCUGACCUCCUCAGGAGCCAACAAUGAGGGCCCCCGAACCCACAUCCAAGUUUUUGCCAACUCGCUCAUCGGUACCUCCUUGACGUGGAUGCACGCCCACCAGCUCAGGAGGCGUGAGAGGCUUUUCGCCGACACCGAGACCGAGAAUCCCAACUCCACUCUGUGCUUCUCCUGGGGGCCCCAAGUUGACCUCCUUGUUAUCGGCAUCGUUGCCAACUAUGCCGUCGCUGCCGCGGAUACCUUCAGCUCGGAGCUUGGCAUUCUUGCCCGCAGCGAGCCCCGCCUCAUCACCGACCCCGCUCGUAAAGUCCCUCGGGGUACCAACGGCGGAGUCACCCUCGAGGGUCUUGCCGCCGGGCUGUUGGGAUCGAUCAUCAUAUCUACCACCGCCAUCUUCUUCCUGCCUACCUGCGAUGAUAGCACCGCUGGUACCGUCGGUGGAGGCGUCCCGUGGACGGCGCAGCAGCGCGCCAUCUUCUUGGUCCUCAUUGCGCUCUGGGGCCUUGUUGGCAGCAUCUUCGACAGCUGGCUUGGUGCCAGCUUCCAGCGCACCGUGAAAGACGUCCGGUCAGGCAAGGUCGUCGAAGGCGAAGGUGGUAACCGAGCCAUGGUGUCCACUGAUGAGGGCGUCAAAACCAAGCAUUCUGUUGUCAAGGAUGUGACGCUCAAGGGCGAGGGUUCCGCUUCCGUCGAGAAGCCCGAGGCUGACGUCGCUUCGUCUAGCGCCAUUGACGACACUCCCGCAGACGUCACAUCUCGCGCCAAGUAUGAUCCUAAGGACAAGCACAGAACCUCAAGCUUCGGCGACUCUCAACCAACUCGCGUCGUUGAAAACGGCGUGGACAUUCUUGACAACAACGACGUCAACUUCUCCAUGACCUUCUGUAUGAGUCUCUGUGCGAUGGCCUUGGCCGGCCAAUAUUUUGGCGUUCCUUUCAACAGCAUCUCGACGGUAUAG